AUGGCCCCCUCAGCAACAACAACAUCAUCAGCACCAUCAACUUCCUCCGAUACAACCCUCACCGAGACAUUCACCUAUUCUACAGAAACACACAGCUUCAAGGUCCGCUGGACGUCACUGGGCGAAUCAUCCUUACCGCCGCUGAUCUUUGUCCAUGGCACACCCUGGUCUUCCCGCGUCUGGCACGACUACGCACAAUCCUUUGCCAGAUAUUUCCACGUCUACCUGUUCGACAACCCUGGUUUCGGCGAGAGUCCCCUUGGCCAGCCACUUCCAGGCAAGCAGGACAAAAUCACCCCGGAGGUGGCCCUCGACGCGGACCUGGCGCAACAGUCAGAAGUCUUUGCUGCGUUGUUCAAACACUGGUCACAGGAUUGGUCGACCCAGAAGAACAAAGCACAUGUCGUCGCACACGACCACGGCGGCCUCAUGAGCCUGCGCGCAAACUUACUGCAUGGCUGCGACUACGCGAGCCUGUGUCUGAUCGAUGUGGUAGCGCUUGGUCCGUUCGGGCAACCUUUGUUCAAGCUGGUCGCGGAGAACGUAGGGGUCUUCAAUGCCUUGACCGGUCCGGUGUUCGAGGGUGUGGUCGAAUCCUACAUCCGGGAUGCGGCGCACACCGACCUCAGCCAGGAGACCAUGGAGAUGCUGAAGAGACCGUGGACAUCGAGCGAUGAGGGCAAGUCAGGUUUCGUCAGGCAGAUGGAGCAAGCAAACAGUCGGAGUACAGCCGAAGUCGAGGGAAGGUACUCUGAAGUGGGAAAGAGGAUGCCCGUCAAGAUCAUCUGGGGAAAACAGGAUAAAUGGAUUCCCUUUGAAACGGCAGAGAGGCUGAAAGAGGAGCUGAAUGCGAGGGUUGCAGUGCUCGUUGACGGGGCCGGACAUUUAAUCAUGUAUGAUCAGCCGGGGAAGCUGGGCGUCGAACUCGGCUGGUGGUUGAACAGUGUGACCCAUUCGUGA